AUGACAAAACAUCAACCGUUUGUGAAAGAGAAGAUUAAUAAACCUAUAGACAUCAUUCGUCGUAAUAUAGAACUUGGGAAACCAACUCUUGUUGCUGGACCUAUGGUUCGUUAUUCCAAAUUACCUUUCAGAGCUACAGUAAGAAGAUUUGGUGCUGAUAUAGUCUACAGUCCAAUGAUCUUGGCUAGAGAAUUCGUACGUAACGAAACCGCCAGAGUAGCUGAUUUCUCAACCAACGAUGAAGAUACCUGUUUAAUAGUCCAAGUAGGAGUGAAUAAUACCACAGAUAUGGUAAGGAUGGUUGAAAUGAUCAAUCCUUAUUGUGAUGGAAUAGGUAUUAAUUGUGGAUGUCCUAUCAAAGAUCAAGUCAGAGAAGGUAUAGGGGCAGCCUUAAUGUCAGAACCUCAUCUUGUUCAUGAUUUGGUGAAAGCCAGUAAGGAGAGAUUCCCAGAUUUUUGUAUUGAAGUGAAAAUAAGAAUUCACGAUGAUAUAAAGCAAACAGAAGAGUUCAUCAAGAUAGUAGAGAAAUCAGGGGUUGAUUUCAUAACUAUUCAUGGAAGGACAAAGGAUACAAGAUCAUCUAUUCCAGCCAAUUUCGAAGCCAUAAAGUAUUUAAAAACCAUCACCACAGUACCUGUUAUAGCUAAUGGAGACUGUUUCAAACCUGAUGAUGUAGAUAAGAUUGUGAAAUAUACUGGAGUGGAUGGAGUUAUGGCAGUAAGAGGAGUUUUGACCAAUCCUGCACUUUUCGCUGGUUAUGAGGUAACACCUUGGAAAGCAGUGGAAUGGUUCUGGUAUUAUGCUGUGAAUUAUGGAUUACAUUUCAGAUUGUUACAACAUCAUUUGAGCGAAAUGUUAGACAAGUCCAUCAGUAACAAAGUGCUUAGAGAGAUGAAUUUUAAGAAGAAUUUGGUGGAUGUGAUCGAAUGGUUUGAUGAAAUGUUCGAUUUAAAGAGAUUUGGUGAAGAAGGAUUUGGUGAAAGAGUUGAAAUACCCAUUAAACCAGGUUCAGGAUUGAUUUUCUCCAACGGGAUAAUUCUCUGGGAAGAUUCUGAAAAGCAUAAGUCAUAA